AUGCAGAGACUCCUUUCCGGUUGCUGCUGCUACUGUCGCACAGUGGGAGUACCGCUUAUGCGCACUUUUGGAGCAAGUAGUUCCAUUGCGCUUCCUUUGUCUCCUCUAUCCUGUUUUUCAAAUUCACUAGGACUCCAAAGCACCCUUCUGGGUUCAACCCUCCUGAAGGGCAUAGUGGAUGCAUAUAUAACAAACGGACUCAUGCUGGUUGGCAGACCCCGGAGGAUGCCCAAAAAAGCAAACCAUGGAGCUCGACCCAACAGUCAUGUAGCUCGACGAGCCAAGCGACCACGUCAUGUUUAGUAGUGCGAUGUACUU